AUGCUGUUGCUGCCUCUCUGUUUCCCUCGCAUGUGCACUUCCCAUCCUCUACUUUACGGCUUCGGAUUCAUGCUCGACUCCUCCAUCCUUGUCAGCCUACAAAGUACUAUACUUGCUUACCUCGUGCGCCCCCCCGUGCCCCCCUCUUCCCGAGGGCUGUGUAUGUCGAAAAGGUGUCAGCCUGAAGUUCGGGGUCCAAGUUGCCCGUUCGAAUCCAUAUCCCGGCGUCCCGGAGGGGGGGGGGGGGGGCGCAAGACCACUCGGCGACCAGCCCCAACGCUCAACGGCAUCAACGGCACCAACGGGGACGGCACCACAACGGAGUCAACGGCCACUCCUAAUUGGCGUGUCUGCGUCCCGUUUUUGGUCGGCGGGAUCCGGGGUCGGGAGGAAUUUGUUUGGCGUAUACAGCCUCUUUACGUGAGAAUUGGGCCCUUCCCGGCGGAGGUAUGGGCGAACAAUGCAUAUCACGGGAGAACGCAACAACCCAAAUAUAGUCAGUAUGGAGAAUUUUUCAGAGAUAUUGAAGAGUAUGCGUAUGCUUCUGUGUUGUGUGAAACGUGA